AUGGAUACAUUGCAGUGCCAACGCUUGACAGCCUAUCGCUUCGUUGCCUAUUCGGCGGUCACCUUCUCGGUGAUUGCUGUUCUAUCCAUCUGUAUUACUUUGCCGAUGGUCUACAAUUACAUCCAUAGUGUGAAGCGAUCUAUGCAUCAUGAGAUCAACUUCUGCAGGAAAUCGGUCAAAGANAUCUGGGGUGAAGUGAACUACAUCAACACUGCCCAGCCGUCAAAUCGUACUGCACGUCAAGUGGAACCCAAUUGUGAGGGAUGCUGCCUCCAGGGACCGUCUGGACCACAAGGCCUGCCCGGCAAACCUGGCCGCCCGGGUCUCCCAGGUAUACCCGGAUUGCCCGGUGCUCCAGGACGACCACCGAUGGUUCCCUGUACACCGGUUACACCGCCACCAUGUCAGCCAUGCCCUCAAGGGCCUCCUGGCAUGCGAGGAAAUCCAGGACCACCUGGACCACAAGGCGAGCCAGGUCGUCCAGCAGUCAGCUAUGGCGAACCGAAAAUGGGACCUCCUGGACCAAAAGGACCACCUGGAAUACAGGGCAAUCCCGGAGCACCAGGAGCUCCUGGUGAGCCUGGUAUCGAUGCAACAUCUUCUAUGGGUGUCGCUGGACCUCCAGGUCCACCAGGACCUCCAGGUCUUCCCGGAUUACCUGGACCAAACGGAGUGCCUGGAUUUGUCGGACUAUUGGGUGAGCAAGGACCAAGAGGACCACCAGGACAACCCGGUCUACCUGGACCUGCUGGUAACCCUGGCGCACCGGGUGAGCCUGGAGUCUCUGGACAUCCUGGUGAACGUGGUAUUUGUCCGAAGUACUGCGCCAUCGACGGAGGUGUAUUCUUCGAAGAUGGCACACUUCGCCGCCGUUAA